GACAGAAGGGCGUGAACGAUGAUACAUAUUCCUUGAGUGAUAAAUUAAGAGAGGGUAAGAGCCAGGGAGAUAGACGGCUCAGCGGGCAAAGUGCUGUUCAGUCGCGGCAACCGCGCGAUAAAAGGGGAGAAAACCCACUCACCGCAAGUUUCCUAACUGCACACCCGCGCCCUCGCAAAUAUUUUUUUUUUAAUUAAACGCAGGCUGGACAUGGUGGCGCACGCCUUUAAUCCCAGCACUCUGGGGGCAGAGAUAGGUGGGUCACUGUGGGAUCGAGGCCAGCCUGGUCUAUAGCGAGUUCCAAGGCAGCCGGAGCUCACAAAAAGAGCAUAAACCCCAGUUCUGAGUGGUGGUCACGCAACCAGACAUUGCCCUGGAGUUCCCGCAGUGAACAAACAGGUGACCACCGACCCUUCUGGUGGGCUAGGCUGGAGGCGAUUCAUCACUUCUGGCUGCUGAGGGCGUGGACACACGCAUUCGCAUGAAGGGCCGCCUUCGAGCCGGAACUUUGGUGCCUAGGUGCGACGGAGCAUCGGACCAGUGGGGCUUGCACAACCGGAAAUGGCUAUGGGUCCGAAGCUUCCGGAACCCACUACGGUGGUUGCUAAGUCGGGGAGCAGCGGGAUGGAGGCCGCAGCGGUGGCGAGGAAGCCGGACGAAGACUGUACAGAGCCCAAACCUUCACACUGGGGGGAGCUGAGCUGGACUCCCGUCCCCUCCAGAUCCCAGGACAAGGACGAGAAGGCAGCACAGAGCACACCAAAGGUCCCAGAUGGUGAUGUCUCCAGGACUGAGAGUCCGGCAGUGAGUGCCAUGUUACGUGCCAUCGCUGCCAGCCACUUGCCUGUAUGCAGCCAACAGCAGGGUGAGCCUGACCUGACUGAGCAUGAGAAGGUGGCCAUCCUCGGCCAGCUGUAUCAUGAGAAGCCACUGGUGUUCCUAGAACGCUUCCGCACUGGCCUCCGAGAGGAGCACCUGGUCUGUUUCGGCCACCUGCGUGGAGACCACCGUGCGGACUUCUACUGUGCCGAGGUGGCGCGGCAGGGCACUGCCAGGCCCCGCACCUUGCGUACCCGCCUCCGCAACCGACGCUAUGCUGCCCUAAGGGAGCUCAUCCAAGGGGGUGAAUACUUCAGUGAUGAGCAGAUGCGGUUCCGGGCUCCCCUGCUGUAUGAGCAGUACAUCGGACAGUACCUCACCCAGGAGGAGCUCAGUGCCCGUACCCCAGCACCCCAACCCCCGAGACCUGGGUCCCCUAGCACGCCUGCCUGCCCACUGUCUGACCUGCUGCUCCAGUCCUAUCAGGAACGAGAGCUGCAGCAACGGCUGCUCCAGCAGCAAGAGGAGGAGGAGGCCUGCUUAGAGGAAGAAGAGGAGGAGGAAGACGGUAAUGAGCAAGACCAGAAGUCAGACAGCAACUCAGAGACCUGGGUGCCCGACUCAGAGGAGAGGCUGAUCCUGCGGGAGGAGUUCACCAGCCGCAUGCACCAGCGCUUCCUGGACGGCAAGGACGGGGACUUUGACUACAGCACCGUGGACGACAACCCUGACUUCGAUAACCUGGACAUUGUGGCACGAGAUGAGGAGGAGAGGUACUUCGACGAAGAGGAGCCCGAGGAUGCACCCAGCCCAGAGCUAGAUGGAGACUGAUGGCCGCCACCCUUCCAGCUAUCCAUACACCCCGCCCAGCCUCCAAAGGCAGCUGAUUUCAGGCCAGCUCAGUGACUCAGGACAUCAGGGCAGCCCCCUUGGGCCCGGUUCCACCUCAGACAAUGCCCCCACCUCUGUUUCUGAAGUUCCCUACCCAUCUCCCUGGAGACACUGUUGCCUUCUCUCUUCAUAUCCCCUACCCCUCUCUCUCUUUGAGGCAGGAUCUUGCUAUGUAGCCCAGGCUGGCCUAAAACUCAAGUUAGUCCUCCUGCCUCAGCCUCCCAAGUGCUAUGAUCACAGGUGUGAGUCACCACACCUGGCUUACCUGUCUUUUCUUACUGUCACCUCCCCCCACCCUCCAUGUCACUGACUUUCUGGAAGGCCUUCCAGGUCUCUGACUUCCGUGUGUACCCUCGUCUUCCUCUCUGUGCCAUGAGCUCUGUCCACAAGGACCCUGGAUGAACAUGUCCUUUACUGAGGCCAGCAGGGCCAAUGAUGGCUGGAGCUGUCACAUGGAUUCCUAUACCCAGUCCAGGCCACACCUGGGCCCCAGCACAGCUCUGGUGACUCCAGCUCUGACUGCUGCAGUCCUGUGCUGGGUACCUCCCUGCCUUCACUAAGGUUCCAUCACUCCUCUGCCCCCCUCUAGGCCUUCUCAUUCCUUCUGCCUAGACAUUGCCAUUCUCUCCAGGCCUCCUUGCUGCCCGUCCCUGUCUCAGCCAUUAUCUCUGGGGUGUCAGUCUCCCUUACCCCAGUCCUGACAGUUCUGUGCAGAACCCUGGCUGUCCAGCAGUGAGACCUGGAGGGGUGGUGGGGGGCAGGUAAUAAGGUAGCCACCAGCUCCUGCUGCUCCCUUUGGACCCUGGCUGGGAGUACUGACACAGGCAGAGCUGGGGACCACGCAACCAACUUGAGUGGGAGGAGGGACUUGAAGAGGGGGACUCUCCCCUCCCAGCCCCUCUGCCCCCUCCUCCUCCCAGCCACAUUUUCCUUUUCUUCACUUCCUCCACCUCCCUCUCCUCCUGUUUACACUCCCCAAAUACGCACAGGCUGUUAUCAUGGGUCCUGAGUCAUCCCACACACAGCCUGCCGGGCCCCUGCCCCCAGCCAGCCACAGGCCCGCCCCACAGAGCCCCCUGCCGCCCUGGGCUAAUGGGAGCCAGAUGGCCGUCUGUGACUCAGCUGUGGCCUGUGGGAACCCAGGCGUCCUACCUUCCCAUGCCCCACACCCAGCCCCUGUGGCCCCAGCAGACAGAAGCGACUGACUACUGUGAGGAUGGGGGCCAGUAUGUCUGGGCCCGGGACCCUCGCUGCUGUGAGAUGUAGAAUGGUGGCAUCCUGUCCUGGCCAUACCUGAAGAAUCCUCAAAACUGCUUUGUAGAGCCAAGGUCCUGACGUCUGGGUCAACUAAAAUCACCCAGACAGCUGCUGGAAAUCGAGGGUGUUCACGUGGAGAGAGAUACUGAAAGUUCUUGCUUGGCAGCAGCUCAUCCCCUACCAGGCCUGCGGAAGGCCACCACACCUCCAGACAGCCCUGGAACCAGACAGCUGUGAUUCCUUUGUCACACAUGAUGAAGGGGUCCAGGAUGGCCACGUACCUCCUUGAGACCACCUGGCCCCCCAGGCAGAGCCAAGACUGGAUCACACAACCUAGACACCACUUGGUCAGCCUGCCAGCAUUUGGGCCACCUGAGCUAGAUGGAGGUGCAGAUACGCAGAUGGAAUUCUUGACAGCAGCCUCCAGAAGAGACGUGCCGUGGGGGUCGACCAGCAGGCAACUGAGUCACCUCUGGAUGUGAAUGGUGCUCCAUCCCCGAGCUGUCAUAGUAUACCUGUGCUAUGUGCUGCCUAUUGUAUCCGCCCCCCUAAGGACAGCAGUGAGGCCCAGUGUCCCCACUGGGGUCAUACCACUCAAAAGGACAGGAGUGCUCUUUCAGGGGGUUAUGUUGGCCUAGGGAUUUACGGUUGACCAGUCUGUCUGACCAUUAAAUUUGUUUAGU